AUGUCCUUCUCACAAUCAGCAGCACCUCUCAUUCAUAUCCGUCCUCAACACUUGUUCAAUGUUGAAGCCUUUGCUAAAUAUUUACAGGAACAUGCGACAGAGUUGUUGUCGAUCAACAACAAUUAUCAUUCCAACAAAAACAACAACGGAAGUGUUCAACUCGCAUUGAAAAGUAUUCAACAGUUUUCCGAUGGACAAUCCAAUCCUUCCUUCAAGGUGGUGUGUACGAUCAGUCUUCCUCAACUACACAAGGAUCGAUCGGGAGGAGCUUCAUCGUCGGUACUCACCAAGGAAUUGGUGUUGAGAAAGAAGCCUCCUGGAAAACUCUUACCAUCGGCUCAUGAUAUUUAUCGGGAAUAUGCCAUCAUGAAGUCUCUUCAUUCCAUUCAAUUCCCAGUUCCUUAUCCUUAUUUUUAUUGUCGAGAUGAGAAAAUUAUUGGUACUGAAUUCUAUGUGAUGGAAUUCAUUCAGGGAAGAAUCUUUAAAGAUGGAACUUUUGCAGAAAUGCACAAAUCUUCAGUAGAAUUGUUAAAGAAUCAUGAAUUAACAAUGACAGGACCAGAAAAACUUACACCUCAAGAUCGAAGAGAAAUGAUGACUGAUUUUAUUAGAACAUUGUCACGAUUGCAUCGAGUAGAUUUUAUGCAAUUUGAAUUGUUGAGACCCUUGUUUGCAUCCAGUCAAAGGAAUAAGGCAACAAAGGAAUCCACCUCUCGAGAAGAAACUGCACAGAAACAACACGAUUCUUCUAACACGAAAAAUACUUAUUAUGAAAGACAAAUUGCAACAUGGACUCGUCAAUAUCUUGCUUCUGAAACUCAUGAAAAUGACUCAAUGAAUCGUCUCAUGAAAUGGUUGCCAAAAAAUAUUCCUAAGGAGACAGAAAGUGACAAAUUAACAAUUGUGCAUGGGGAUUACAAAUUUGAUAAUGUUAUUUACCAUCCUACUGAGAAUAGAAUUAUUGCUGUAUUAGACUGGGAGUUAUCAACUUUAGGUCAUCCAAUUGCGGAUUUGUCAUAUUCAUGCAUGUAUUAUCAUUUUCCCAGAAUUCCUGGAUUUUCUGGCUUGAGAGGAACUAAUUUCCAACAAUCAGGUGUCUUGACAGAAAAAGAGUGUCUUGACUUGUACACUUCAUUCACACAACGAUCCAAGAUUGACAAGUGGCACUUUUAUUUGACAUUCUCCAUCUUUAGACUGGUUGGCAUCACACAAGGAGUUUACAAGCGAUACAAACAAGGAAAUGCAAGCAGUGAUUACGCAUUACAUAUUGGAAUGCUUGCUGGAACCUUAUCUGACGUUGCUUGGGAGCUUAUUGUCAAUGCUGAAGGUGACAAUCUCACCAUUUGUGAAGGAGGUAUUCAAUUUGGUCUUUCUCCAAAGGCACUCAGACUUAAAACAAAACUCGAAAAAUUCAUGAAAGAGCAUGUAUAUCCUGCAGAAGUAAUAUUUCAAGAACAACAUCACAAACAAUCGGAUCGAUGGCAAAUUCCUCCAAUUAUUGAAGAGUUGAAGCAAAAAGCCAAGGAACAAGGAUUAUGGAACUUUUUCUUGUGUCAGCAUAAUGAAAAGGAACCCAUCUCCACUGUGGAGUAUGCUAUUCUUGCAGAGGUUAUGGGAAGAAGUUUUAUAGCAUCAGAAGUUUUUAAUUGUAAUGCUCCUGAUACUGGGAAUAUGGAAGUUUUAAUGAAAUUUGGAACUCCAGAACAAAAAGAACAGUAUUUGAAACCUCUCCUCAAUGGUGACAUUCGAUCCUGUUUUUCAAUGACAGAAUAUGGAGUCUCCUCAAGUGAUGCCACAAAUGUUAGCUCAACCAUUAAAAAGUCUGAAGAUGGCAAACACUAUAUUAUUAAUGGUGUGAAAUGGUUUAUCACUGGCGCCGGUGAUCCACGAUGUAAAUUUACAAUCUUUAUGGGAGCAACCAAUCCUAAUCAUCCAAAUCCACAUCAAAGACAAUCCAUGGUUUUGAUUCCUAUGGAUGCUCCUGGCGUGAAAUUAGAAAAACCUGCUUCGACAUUUGGUCUCGACGAUGCACCCUCUGGUCACUGGUCUAUUUCUUUCACCAAUGUUAAAGUUCCAGUUUCUAAUUUAAUAUUUGAAGAAGGACAAGGUUUUAAUAUUGCUCAAGCUCGUUUAGGUCCAGGACGUGUUCACCAUUGCAUGAGAUUAAUUGGAUUAUCUGAACGAGUGUUUGAGCUCAUGGUCCAAAGAGCCAAACAAAGAAAGACAUUUGGCAAAAACUUGUCACAACAUGCCAUCAUUCAACAAUACAUUGCCGAAUCAAGAAUUGAAAUCGAACAAGCAAGAUUACUUGUUCUCAAAGCAGCUUACAUGUUAGAUCAAGUCGGUGCCAAGCAUGCUCGCUCAGAAAUUGCCAUGAUCAAAAUUGCAGUUCCUAGAGCAUGUAAAAAUGUCGCUGAUCGUGCCAUUCAAGUAUUUGGAGCCGAAGGAUUAUUGACAUCAUCUUCUGACAUCAAGUCACCACUCAAUGAAGUUGCAUUUUCCAUUGCUCGAGUUUGGAUUGGAGCUCGUCAAUUGCAAAUUGCAGACGGUCCUGAUGAAGUGCACAUGAUUAAUUUAGCGAAACAUCAACUCUCUAAAAUGUAA